GUUGACGGGAGUUUUUACUCUUUUCAAUCACCUAAAUUAUUUUGUUUGCUGAUGCGUCAGUUCCGUUCAGUAGCUCUGCUUAUUGUUGUCAAACGGUUAAAUAACGCCACGUGCUUUUUACUGAAUGCAUCUGCAUAAAUAAUCAGUUGUAAUGUUUAUCAAAGUGCACGCUUUGAAAAACUAAAACGCCAUAUUAAAUAUAGUAAUUAAAUGUCUUCUCGACGAGAACAAUCUUACUUUGAUCGACUCAAGAAAAUUCAAGAUAAUUCGAAACGCCAAAUUAGAAAUGCGAGACCUCGGAGCAAAUCCAGGAGUGGAAUUUCAGGUGAAAGGUCUGAUGAACUGACCAAAAACAGAGUUGACAAAGCCUGGUCACUGGCGCUGAAAUCAUGUCAGGAUUCCAAGUAUCUCGAACGUCAGAAUGCAACCGUAAAGCCCAUGAACAAACCAUGGAAGACUAUUCGACUGUUUGUUUCGUCGACGUUUCACGACUUCCAGGUGGAGCGGGAUAUUUUGGUGAAGAAAGUGUUUCCUGAUUUGAGGGCUUGGUGCAAGGGAAGAAAGUUGCAUCUCGUCGAAAUAGAUCUGAGAUGGGGCGUUCCGUCUGGCCUGGAUGCUGAAUUAGCUGUUCACACGUGUCUGGGUGAGAUUGAGAGGUGUUACAAAGAGAACACUUUUCCCUUUUUCCUCAGUAUGUUGUCAGAGAGAGUUGGCUGGAUUCCAGAUCACCAUGUGGUCAGCGAUGCUAUCAGAAAAAGCUAUGACUGGAUAGACGACUUGAGCAUCACCGAGAUGGAGUGUGUGCAGGGGGCGUUUAGAAGUAAGAACCCAAAUGCCCUCUUCCUCCUCAGAAACCCUUCUUUCGUGCACACUCUACCCGAGGGUGUGAAGUCUAAAUUCACUGAUGAAAUACCAGUUGGCAGUUACAAAGCUGCGUGCUUCCGCGAAAAAAUAGACGAAUGUUUUUCGGAUGCGCAGAAACUGCUGUACUACGCUAAAUACGCUGGAAAAACGGACGCUUCCGGUGUUCCAUUGUUGACUGGGUUCGAGGAAAUUUUCGUGGAGAAAACCUUGAACUUUUUCAAACAGCAGAUCGAGAGACAGUACCCCUCCUUGGUGGAGUCUGGCAGUAACAAGUGGCAGGAAUUGACAGACCUGCACGAGGCAUUCAAGGACGACGAGGCCAGUCUGAUCGGAGACCUUCCUGUGUGGAACAAUCAGAUUGAAGACUUGCAGGCAUACAUCAACACCAAAGGCGAUAAGAGUCCCUAUAUCAUGACUGCUGUGUCUGGAAGUGGGAAGAGUUCCUGCCUCGCAGUCUUCCUCAACAGAGUGGCCCAAGACUACCCGGACUUCAAGACAUUCCAUCACUUUGUGGGGGCAGUUCCAGGAUCAGUCAGUUAUGUGCAGUUGGUGAAACGGAUAGCAGUGUUCCUGCAACUAGAUGAGAACAAACCCAUAUCGUUGAUAGUGGGCCAGAUUAAAAACACUCUCAACUCGACUAGUGAUUAUGUGAUGCUGGUGAUUGAUGCGUAUAAUCAGCUGGAUGAGAUGUCGCUGACUUGGCUGCCGUGCCCCCUCAAGGAAAAUGUGCAUGUCAUUAUCACAGGCAGAGAAGAUGUUGCAGACUACCUUCAGAAUAACUACUCGCGUGGACUAACUGUGAAAACACUGAAGAAGAUGGACGAAGCCGGAAGGCGUAAACUGGUCCAUGCAUCCCUGGGCAAGUACAACAAGACCCUGGACAAUGAACAGAUGGAUAUACUCCUGUCCAAAGAGUCCUCGUCAAGUUACUACUGGCUAUCUCUGGCUUGCGAGGAGCUGCGAAUAUUCGGACAUUUCUCUCUCUUGACUGAUAAGAUCGCAAGCCUACCAGACGACUUGGUCGAGCUCCAGUGUCAAAUUCUACACCGGCUUGAAGCUGAAUUGGAUACUAGGUCUUGGCUUCUAGUCGCUAGUCUAUGCUUGUUAGUAACAAGUCGUACUGGUCUCUUAGAAGAUGAACUGCUCCAGAUUCUGGCUGAGCCGCCAAAUAUUUUACCAGAACAUCUGAGAGAGAACCGAUUUUCAGAGAAACUUGCGCUGAAAAAGUGGAAAGAUAUUCAACGAUCAAUCCGACCCUUUGUGAAGUAUAACGGAGACACGGCUGAAAAUAGAUUGAAUAUAUAUCAUACUUCGUUCAAAGAAGCAGUGGAACGAGUGUAUUUUUCUUCGGAGAAAGUAACUUACAAAUGGUUCCAUGAAAAACUGGCCUCUUAUUUUGAGAAAUGUCUCAGGCUGGAUAGAAAACUGGAAGAGUACCCGUAUCAUUUAGCAGAAUCGGGUCAGAAAGACAAAUUGGCAGAUUUUCUUUGCGACAGUGAAGUGAUUUUCGGGUAUUUUAAUCCGAUGUUCUCAAAGGAAUUGGCUCAAUUAUGGGGAGCUGUUGAUAGCGAUUAUAACGAGUUGGCUACUCGAUAUACGAAUUUGGCUAGUGAUAUAAUUGAAGACUGUGAAUUGCAUUUAGACGAAAGAAUUAGUCAAGUUCUAGUGUUGGCUGAUGUGUGCUUUCAGAACGCUAAAUUUCAGGAAUCGCUUCAUAUUUUGAACGAUAUAGGCGAACUUGUAAAAAUGGUCAACGAAGAAAAAGGGGCACAGUUUUUCCACGCAAAAUUGCAGUACCAAAAGGCGAAAUCGUUAGAAAGGAAUGUUUUCCUAGAAAAGAAAAAAGGCGAGGAAACUAGUGAAGAAAUAGAGGAGAUUGAAAAGGAAUUGACGAACUCGUAUGAGUUAUUGAAGGACUUCGGGGCAAAUUCGGAAAUGCUGACUUAUUGUGGAGAUAUAUGCAAUCGAAUGGCUAUGCUGUGUUACAGGAAAGCAAGGAAAGCGUUCAGGGAUAAAAACACGACACUGGCUGACAAGAUUCUGAUAGAAGUCUCUACUUGGCUCGACAGUGGAGAAGGAUGCUAUCUUAGAACAGGAGAUAUGGUCGGAUUCGCCAAUUGCCAAAUAUCCAGGGGCAUCUUCGAAAAGGAUCACGAGAAAAAGCGCGAGUAUUUUACUAAAGCCGAGAAGAUGCUCGGAGGCGGGGGUCUCCACCUGACCUACGGAAGAUUCUGCAGAAACAAAGGACGAUUCCACCAAUAUGCGAAUGAAAUCCAAGAGGCAAAGAAGUAUUUGGUUGGGUUCUAUCAUAAUUCGGUGUCGUUGUACGGAGAAAACCACCCCGAGACGAAAAGGGCAAACGAGUUGCUGAGUGAUUUGAAUGAAAAUAAAAAGAAUUGAUGAUCAAAUAAUGCGUUCACUUGACGUUACAAACGAAAAUUUAUUCACACAGUAAUGCAAUAAACGUGCCAACUACAUAUAGUGUGAAUAGAUUUGCAAUGUAUCAUGUUAGUACUUUAAUCACGUAUACCAUGUCAUAAUCUAUCUGGCAUUUUAGUUUAAUUAAUUAGUAAAUGAUAGUUUAUUUGACUAAUUAAAGUUAGAUUUUA